UCUCUCUCUCCCUCUCUCUCUCUCUCUCUCUCCCUCUCGCGUCCUCGUCUUUGACCUCCUCCUCUUCCUCGCGUUGUGCUCUGUGACGAGGCCGAAGCAGGAGCGUCGCGGCGCGCUGAGGCGCUCUGUCGCGUGCGGACACCCCGCUGGACACCCCUCCGGACACCCCUCCGGACACCCCUCGUGUUUUUCACGUUUUCUUCCUCCUCAAAGUUCGCCUCUCAGAAAGAGGAGUGCUGCUUUUUUUUCCUCUCUCUCUCCAUCGAACCCCGAACCAGGACCGACUGGAGGUUUUUGGACGUCGCCGUCGAUGUGCGUCUCUGUUUUUUUGCUGUCGUUCUUGCUCUGAGCCAACUUUGUGCGUCCACGAUGAGUUUCGACAGUGGGGACGGCGAAGCGGUGGAGGCGAUAGAGCUGAGGUGUGUCUCGGGGGGACAGGAGGCCCGCGGAGCCACCGGCUGCCUGGAUCAGAAGGCCCCGAGCCAACGCGACCAGGACCUGGAGAUGAACAAGCUUCGGCAGAGCCUGCGCAGGAAAAAGCCCACCUAUGUGCCCGAGGCCAGCCGGCCCCACCAGUGGCAGGCCGACGAGGAGGCCGUGCGCAAGGGCAAAUGCAACUUCCCCGUCCGGUAUUUGGGCCUGGUGGAGGUGGAUGAGUCCAGGGGGAUGCACGUGUGUGAAGAGGCAGUGAAGAAGCUCAAAGUAAGCGGGAAGAAGUCGGUCAAAGCUGUGCUGUGGGUGUCAGCAGAUGGCCUGAGGGUCGUGGAUGACAAAACCAAGGACCUCAUCGUGGACCAGACCAUCGAGAAGGUGUCCUUCUGCGCGCCCGACAGGAACUAUGACAAGGCGUUCUCGUACAUCUGCCGCGACGGCACCACGCGCCGCUGGAUAUGCCACUGCUUCAUGGCCCUGAAGGACUCGGGGGAGCGCCUGAGUCACGCGGUGGGCUGCGCCUUCGCCGCCUGCCUCGAGCGGAAGCAGCGGCGGGAGAAGGAGUGCGGGGUCACCGCCUCCUUCGACGCCAGCCGCACCUCCUUCGUGCGCGAGGGGUCCUUCCGCGUCACCUCGGCCGGCCAGCAGCCCGACCGCGAGGACAUCAUGAAGCAGCUGCAGGAGAAGAAGAAAGCGGAGCCCCCGUGCGCCAUCCCCGCCAUUCCACCGGGCACCGCCUCCCCCCCGGAGGGCGCGGCCUCGCCGGUGGACCGGGCAGAGCCGGGGGGGCCCCACGCCAUCCCCCGGCGCCACGCCCCCAUCGAGCAGCUGGUGCGGCAGGGCUCCUUCCGCGGCUUCCCCGCCCUCAGCCAGAAGAACUCGCCCUUCAAGCGCCAGCUGUCCCUGCGGCUCAACGACCUGCCGUCCACCCUGCAGCGCAAGACCGACUUCCAGACCAAGAACCCCGUUCCAGAGAUGGACCUGACCGUGUCGGGCGAGGCGGACAGCAUCAACGCCCUCUGCUGCCAAAUCAACACCUCUUUCACCAAGCCCUCCGAUGACCUUUUCGCUACCGCUAAUGGCGUCCCAGCAUGCACGGCGCCGCCCGCCAUCCCUCCUCCACCCGCACCCCAGCAAGCCUCAACCUCGUGGGUGCAGGCGGAGCCAGCGGCUCAGUCCCCGCCCCCCGUGCAGAGCGGGCACAAGCGGACCCCCUCGGAGGCGGAGCGUUGGCUGGAGGAGGUGGCCAAGACUGUGAAGGCCCAGCAGCAGCAGCAGGUCCUGCCUCUAGCCCCGCCCCUCGCUCAGCCACUCCCCCAGCUGGCCCCGCCCCCCAUACCCACCCUGCCCGCCCCACCGGGGUCCCUGCCCACCUCCAUGCAGCCCUUCCCCAUGGCGUUCGACGCCACCCCCGCCCCCGUGGGCAUGUACGGGCAGCCGCCCCUGCAGCCCGCCUUCGUGCCCAUGCAGGCCUACAUGCCCGCGCUGGCCAACAGCAUGACCUACCCCAACGCCAGCGUUCCCGUGGUGGGCAUCACGCCCUCCCAGAUGGUGGCCAACGUCUUCUGCACCGCGACCAGCUCCAGCGGGGGCGGGGCCAAGGCCGGCCCCCUCGGAGGCCCCGCCCACCACGCCUUCCCCGCCCACACCGGAGGAUUCUCCACGGCCCCCUUCGCCAACCCGCCGGCCGUCAACGGGCUCCCGCCCAACCCCGUCCCCGCCGCCACGGCCAAUCAGAACGGCGCCAGCAACGGAGCCGGGUGGCCCGUGGAGGCGGCCCAGCAGCCGGCCCCGCCCACCGACUCCCAGGAGGCCGCUCGGUUUGAGGCCCAGUGGGCGGCCCUGGAGACCAAAACGCCGCCCAAGGCGCCCAACCCCUUUUCCAACGACCUGAAAAAGACCUUUGAGAUCGAGCUUUAACUGGGCCACGCUGUCCCCUGGGGCGGGCUCGACCAACUGUGAUGCAGAUACACAAAAACUCAACCACUCCCCCUCUCCCAGUACCAUUAUUUCUCUUCUUGAUUUUCUGUUUCCUGGGAGAACCACACCCCUACCCCCCCAGCUUCACUGAUAAAGGUAAAAGAUGGAGCUCCCCCCCCCUCCCAAAAAAAAAAAAAUGGGACACCAUGAAAGAAGAGAACUAGGGUGGGUUUGGGGGGGAGGUCUUCUGGCUAUAAUCGGUCUUGGUUGCCAGGUCUGUAUGUCCCGACCCCUCAGACUAUCAGUUUACAAACCUGUUAGCAGAGCUUGAAAAGCUGGAGGAUUCAAAGUCAGUCAAGUCAGUAAAAAAAACAGGAAAAUGAAAAAAGAGAGAGAGGGAUUUCAGAGAGACCUGAGGAUUCCCACUGCCUACCACAACAACACUCGAAAAUGACAUCACCUGACAGAGGGGGAUCAGAAGAGGACUGGACUUGGUCUCUUAUAUUUAACCAAUAAAAAGUAUCCGGAGGGACAUUAUAUCUAUUUUGUUUGAUUUUAUCCGUUACCUUUUUAAAUCAGAUUUUAAUCACCAAAAAUAUUUAAGGUAGAUUUUACUUCCCUGUGUGAAUAAGAUUUUAUUUAUGUUUGUAUACAUGGAAGGAAGUCCAGAAAUGCCAGCUGUAAUUUGUCAGUAGUUUUGAAUGGAGAACUGACUCACCAAAUGAGACUGCUUAAUUAUAGCCUUAUGGACAAAGCUGUGAGCCGUAGCACAUGGGAGUGUAAAUAGCAUGUUUUCUUUCCCCUAUUUAUUGCCCUGUGUGUGACCGUCAAUUGCUGUUCAGCCUAAAAUGAGUCAAUGCUCCAUCAUUACAGACGCCUCCAUUUGUCCCCAUGACAACCAGCGCCCUGUUUCCGGAGCAGAGGUGCGUGAACAUUCCAGAACGUUCCAGCUGAGCAGACGUGCGCGGCACGUUUUUUGGGCCGGGGGAUGUAGAAAGAUUCCCGAGAUUCCGAGUCUGGAAUCGGAUCUGAAGCCGAAGUCAAGUCUUGUGUAUUCCGUCCAAGUACGUUGCUGGGCUGGGCUGGGCUGGGCUGGUGUGGGGGUGCAAGUUUGGGUACGGAAGAGCGUUGGUUUGGGCACAGAGGGCGACAGGCACAGACCUUCAUGUGAGGCACGAGUGGGGUUUCGCUGAAGAAGGAGAGGCGUGAUUGGAACCGGAGGGCGGGGCCGGGAACUGUAGCCGUGUUUGUGAAUGAGGUGUCCUUUAGCACCUGUGUUUCCGCCAGUGCGAUACUCUGACAAAGCAGAGCAUUUUUGCGGGUGUUGUUGAAUCACUGUGAGAGCAGCUGGCUCUUCUAUGGGUAGUUCUGAGAAGUGGAGCGCGCUGCAUCGAAGAGAGAACCUGAGCAAGCAGGCCUUAGAUUACUGAGGGGGGAAGAGAAGGUUUAGGGAGGGGCCAGAGAAAGGUGCGGAUUCAUCCGGACGGAGAGGAAGAAACGAGGGGAGGGACGUGCAUGUGGACGGAGAUGAAAGGAGGAAACGGAUAGAGAGAGGAGCAGGUGAGAGGGAAAAAGCAGGAAGACGUGGGUUACAGGAAGAGAAAAAAAGGAUUUACCAUUUCUUUCCAUUAGUUUAUGCAGGAAUGAGGUUUUUUGGGCUCGGGGUUCCAGGGGACAGGUACGUAGAUGAGGGCGUGUCCACAUGCGCAGGUGUGACGGAAGUACCUGCUUGGGGUGAAUAUGAUAAUUGCUUGUGCCGCGCUGUGCUUCUUCAAUGGCUUAAUUUGGGGAUUUCUGCCAGACGGCAGUUGUUGCGACCAAUAGCGUGAGUAAUCUCAAGGUAUAAGGUGGAUGGGGGUGUCCUGAAGGGUGAGGUCAGCUCUGUGGUACUUUAAUUUUUGCUACGGUCUCACCUCAAGUUCAGAACAGUGUGUGAGGACUGUAGAGCUGUGAGGGGCAAGGCUGCGAGCCAAACCGAUUUUUAAAAGGUACUUUGUGUGCGGUUUGUGAUGGAAAUGAAAAUGGAUUCCUUCAAGGAAGUGAAGAUCAGGUACUGUGCAUUUUAAGGCUUAUUCCCUGGCAUUUCACUCCCAGAGUGACUGAGGCUUGAUUCUGGAAAGAGAAUGGUUCUGUGUUGCAUGUAACUAAAAAAAAAAAACAGGAAAGAUAAUUGUAAAAAAAAAAAAAAAAAAAAAAAGAAGGAACUGAAGUCACACCUGAGUGAGAAAAUGAAAGGCCUCUAGUUCUCAGAGCGCAGGAGCAUUUUGAAUACAUGCAAAAAUACAUGCAAAUGGAGCUGCCACCUUCCAGUGAAUUUACAGUCCUGUCUUCAGACAGCAUUCUUACAGUCCGUGGAGACUGUUGUGAAAGCCAGCGGACAGAGCGAUCGCGUCUCAAAACAACCCACGUCUUCCUGGAAUUCCUUGGGUACUCAGACUCUCAUAUGCACCACAAUCCUUGGCUUCCCUGUGUCUGUCUGUCCAUUUCCUAGAAAGAAAUGAAACAUUUGCAGGGGAACCAUUUUGCUAUCGGAAAAUAUUUUUUACCACAACCCCCUCCCCCCUCCUUCCCCCCACCAAAAUGGAAAAAUAGUCACUGUUUAAUUUACAUUUCAUGUCCCUAAUCCCUCUUUCCAGGCCCCUUCUAAAAUAAAAUUGAAAAAAGUAAGUUCAUUAUGUUCAUGGCAAAACAAGAAAACUAAAUUACCUCAUAUACUUGAUUGUAACUGUAGUGUAGUGAUAACAAACCAGUGAAGCUUAUUUUUAACCUUUAUUUACAGAAUUUUGUAUCUAAACCUACAUAUUUGUAUUGUAAUUACAUUGUACAAAGAUAAAUAAAUAAUAUAAUGUUAAAAUGUUAA